UAUACAUCCUGCGUAAAACUUUCCACGUGGAAUUAUAAUUCUGACAAGUGGUGACUGCGACUGCAUGAUUUUCAACUAGCAAAGUUUCUCCAGUACAUUUUUCUUUGUAAGAAAACUGCACAUGGGUUAAAUUACUGCUGGCGUGAGGUCGAUCGCUUUAUUAUGAACUUCUUUCAUCCAAACAAUUUAUUAAAUUGCACGUUUUGCCCACUUAGGUGAUAACUAUAGAAUUGCGUUAAUUUUCCGACAUAUAAAUUGGCUAAAGCGAAAAAAUUAUGUAAUAUGCGAUCGAUUGUUGGAAAAGAGGGGAUGAACGGAGCCUCGACAACUUCCUCGCGAUCAGACGCAAUCACGCACUCACGGAGAAAUGAUCUGUGUAAAGUCGUUGCAACUCGAUCUAAAUCAAGUUCUCUUGCUAGCAGUUGGUUUGUGGCCUUUCAAGCAAUCCAUAUUCGUCCGAUUGCAAUUAAUUUUGUUCUACAGUAUCCUGAUAAUCUCCAUUGUAUGCCAACUUGCAUCAUUUCUAACGACGAAAUGCACCUCGCAGUUCGUCAUAGAAGUUUUGUCUGUCGUGAAUUUCUUCAUUUUCUUCAUGAUAAAAUAUAUCACGUUUUGCUUUAAUAUCGAUACUGUGAAGUAUUUCUUGAAAAUAAUGCAACAUACAUAUAACGAGCUAAAAGAUGAGAACGAAAUUGUCAUCAUAAAAAAAUACGGAACCCUCGCGAAACAUUGCAACUAUAUAAUCACACUGUUCGGCAUUGUUGGCAUAUUUAGUUUUAUGUUCUUGCCAUUCUGGCCGCGACUCCUGGAUGUCAUAUGGCCCACAAACGAAUCUCGUCCACAUUCAUUGUUGCAAUUUAAGGCGGAGUACUUUUGCAAUCAAGAAAAAUACUUCUAUUUGAUUUUAUUUCACACAAACGCAGUCUUUUACAUUGGGGAGACUAUAUUAUUAGCGACAGGGGCGAUUAUCAUAGCAUAUUUACACUACGUCUGUGGAAUGUUUAAAGUUGCCAGUUAUCGGAUAGAUCAGAUCUUGAAGACCAAUGCGUUAAAAAUGGCUGAUAUGGAAAAUGAGAAAUUUACUUGCAGGAAGAUAAUUUGUGCAAUAGACAUGCAUCGAAAUGCUAUAAAGUCUAUAGAUUUUUUU